AUGCUGAUAUCUUCAGCAGACCAUGCCAGAGGCUCCACCAUCGGCCUCGAUCAGGGGGAUCACCGCCCCGCUGCUACAGAAUACACGCCGCUGUCUCAUUUCCCAGAAGACGUAUUAUCGCACAUGUUUAUCGUCGGCCAAAUCCACGUAACAACGCACCCGUCCGAAGACCAUGUCAAGACAAAGUUAUUGCCAUUCGAGUUGCUGGUUUCGCACGUUAACCACCAUUGGCGAUGUGUUGCAAUCGCCACCCCUAGCUUGUGGAGGAACGUGGCCGUCGUCCCAGAGAAAACGAUUGAAGAGACUCAGACAUAUCUUGAACGAUCAAAAACGUACCCCACCGAAAUUCGCGUAGACGGCUGGCCUUGCGAGCGCCCCAUGCAGCCGGCCAUCGUUGCGUUGUUGGAGCAGAAUAUCAAAUAUUGGCGAUGGGUAGUCAUCAACGUCUCUCUGGAUUAUCCUUACCAUCUCUUGCUCGACCAUCUUGAAAUUUAUCCAGCCGCCCUCGCGCACCUCGUCCAUAUAUCGUUAAGUAUCGAAGGAGCCAACCCCUCUCUUCAGUACCCAACACCCGAACCAGACUUCACUCAAAUCUUGAAGUUGGGAGCUCCUCGCCUAGAGUUUGUUCGCCUUAGGGGAAUAGCGCCACAAUUCUACCGCCCUCCCAUGACUACCGUGGUCACACUACAUAUCGAACUCACCAAAGCUAUCCCUUUGAACCACAGUACUCUUAAGGAUAUCUUGACCGCCUCCCCAUCACUCACCAAUUUCUCUCUCUACGGAGACCGCAUCCAUUUCCCUGACUGGCCUCCUCCGGGCUCAGAGCCCAUACACUUACCCAGGUUGAAGUCACUGAGGCUAUGGGGCGCCCAUGGUUGGAUAUACAGCAAUGUCCUCUGCCAAAUAUCAGCUCCAGCCUUAUAUUCCCUAUACUUGAAAGAAGUCCAAGAGAGCGACCUGGAGGCCUUCUGGGUUUCUCCAGCCUCCCACAAUUUCCCUUCCCUUCGCGAGCUCACGUUCUGCGAUUUCGAUUUCUCCGGUCCAAGCUACCGCAAAACGUAUACUGCGUUCCCCCACAUCACUAAAUUCACGGUAUUAAACACGUCAUUCGAAAUCCCGAUCAUUGUGAGGCUUCUGGGCCACCACUCCUCCAGCGCCAGAAUUUGGCCACAACUUCAGGAGCUGUCCGUGAUAUACAAUAUGUCUGACGACCAGCAGUUAUACGACAUGGUUGUCCUACGUGCAGAGGCGAGGACGCCGCUAGUCAAGCUGCGCAUCGGUACCAGUCGUCCGCUUUCCACACUUGUCGGAAUGGUGCCAGUGCAACGGUACGUAGAGGUUGAGACCUUUGACGAACCUGAGCAGUGGCCUGAAGGAAUGGGAUAUACCGACGAAGAUGAUGUUUUCUUCCAAUAA